AUGAAGAUCUGCCUGCUUAGUUGCCUCUCGUGGCUGGCGCCGGUGUCAGCGCCUGGUUUGCUAUGGGGGUGGGGGAUCAAACAUGUCGCUGCCGCGCCGGCCCAAACUGGCUUCCGCGAUGCUGUCACGACGCACGCCAUCCGCAUGCGGAAGCAGGAGCUAUCACCGUCGACUACCCACCCAGCUUUACAUGGCCGAGCCAACUUCCCCGUUCAACUGCGGAAUGUCUACGACGUCUACUACAUCGUUGACCUCGAGAUCGGCGACCAAACCAUCCCGGUCAGCGUCGAUACCGGAUCAAGCGACACCUGGAUGAUACACGAGCCCUAUGAGUGUGUCUCCUACUGGUGGGAUCCCAGCGUUGGGCCGCCCAACUGCGGCUUUGGCCAGGGCUUCAAAGGCAACCUGUCAGGAGGUAUUCUUUCUGGCGUGCCGCCUUUCAGCCGGUCGUACGUGGAUGGCACCUUCGCAGAGGGGUAUUAUGGCCUCACCGAUGUGACCAUUGGCGGGGUGACUGCCCACAACCAGCGUGUGGCGCUCGUCAACUACACGUUCUGGCACGGUGACGGGCAGACAUCGGGACUCUUGGGUCUGGCGUACCCUUACUUGACAAGUCUGGACGGCGCCGACCAGAACCAACCUCCGUAUGACCCGGUGUUUACGACCAUGUGGAAGAGCGGCGCGAUUGAGCCGAUAUUCAGCCUUGGCAUCUCGAGGACCAACGACAAGUGGAGUGGGAAUAGCAGCAGCCCCAACAAGGGGAAGACUGAAGAGUCCUACCUCGCACUCGGAGGGUUGCCGCCCCUGGACGUUGAAGAGGAGACGUGGACCAGGACGCCGAUCGAGGGCAUGAGGGCCGUCCCGGAGUGGGGAUUAGACACGGACGAGAAAGGCAUGUACAUCAUCAAGCCUGACGGGUUCGUGAUUGAGAAACAGGGCAAUGGCUCGGCUGCGGGUCCCGUGGUGAUCAGGAACACCACGCGGAUUCCAGUCGUGGUCGAUGUUGGAGCUACGCUGACAUACCUGCCAACGGCGCUUGUCACCCAGCUCUACGACGCCUUCGAUCCUCCCGCGCAAUACAUGAGCAACGGUGGCCUCUACUUCGCUCUUUGCAACGCGACCGUCCCCCAGUUCGGGGUGCAGAUUGGCAACUCGACCUUCUACCUGGCCCCGGAUGACUUGCUGCGGCAGACGGCUCGCGACCCGACCGGCGAGUGGUGCCGUGUCGGUAUGCCCGGAGGACGGACUCACUUCCGAGAGACAAAGCUCACCAAUGCAACUGGGCUUCCUCCUUGA